AGAAGAAACAUUGGUCACCCUCCUCAUUCUCUAAGGCUAUCCUUCCCUCCCUACCCCCAUUUCCCUAAUAACAAUAACAUUUUACUAAGCCAGUAAAUCAUAAUCAUUGUAAAAAAAAGUUUCAGAAAGCAUGGUAAUUCAAACAUAGAGAGAACCACUCUUACCUCGGUGGCUGUGUGCAUUGACUGGGGGAAAGGCUGAUAUUUUAGGGUGAUGACCGUGUGUGUGUAUGCACCCAUGCGUGCUGAAUGUGUUGCCUUUAUACAAAAGUGGCUCUGUGCUGGCCUUGGCUCACAGGAAUUACGGUGCUCGCCCACUGUGGGCCAAGGACGGCAUUCAACAAAGGACCAUGGUCAUGUGGUGGCUUCUUUUUUUUAAGAGGCGGCGGUUCCAAGACUCAUGCUUUCUGGUCACUCAAGCUCUUGGUGUGUUACAUCAAUACUUUGCAGAGAGGCCACCCAGAAUCUCUUAAAAAGUAUUCUAAACACCACGGAGAUGUUUUUCCACGGGAAAAGCUCAGUAGGUCACUGUGAGUUUUCUGCUCCGUGCUGCCCAGUGUUGUGACUAUUGCUGGUUUUUCCAGAGUUCACCUUUAGGUUUAAUUUCCUGAAAUUGAUCUGCUUGGUUACUCUGGCUUUAUUUCACUCUCUUGCAAAGAGGGGAAAUGGCAAUGAACAGACUGCAUUUUAUUAGGUUUUUUACUCUAAAAAAAUUAAGCAGCAAUCCACGAUCUCUACUAGCUUGUUCUUUUAUGGGCUCCCAACAUGUGUCCCCUGGGUCUGUGACAGAACCGAUAGGCACCCUAAUGACACAAGUGUCCAGAAUGCCAGUGAGCCAGCGUCCCUCGUGGAGAUUCUGGGCUCCCCCCUACUACUUUGUUGGGCUGUUGUUUUCUGGUGGCCCCACUCUCCCCCCGUAAAUCCUCACCCUGCUGGGGGCUCCCCUGAGAAUUGGGUGAGUCAGUCCUGAGGUCACAGGUGCUGUUGCCAGCUGGAGGGGAAGAGGGUGGCCCCAAGGCCAGCUCCCCAAGCGGGUCUGCUGCCAGCCAGCCCAGGACUGUCACAGCUUCCAAAGGGAGGUGAGUUCCAGCCCAGAAUUCAUGGUGAGGUUUGCUUUUUGCCAUCUUUUUAAAAGAGAACUGGGGAUGCUGGCAAGGAGCACACUGCACUUCAGCAGCCUUUGAUCUUGCCCUUGGUUCUCUGGCCCCUAGCUCCCCGGGCAGUCGUAAAUGUGUCUUAUGAUUUUACUGUUUAACAGUGAGCUCCUAGUCCCCUGGGCCUGACUUAACUGGAAGACCAUCUUUAGCCAGUCGUGUUCUGAUAACUUAGCCAGAGUAAGGUGUUAACCAGAGCGCAAUUAUGUUUGCUUUUAAUUUCCUGACCCUGAAGAAGAAAGGAAAGUGCACUGCUAAUGGGACUGGGGAGUGGAGAAGGAAAUGUUCUGUCCCUGGCCUUGAACGGGGAGAGCCGCAUGUGAGAGGUGGUUGUACGUGGUGCUCUGGAUUCCAGGGUCGGACAGGCUGGGUCAGAAUCCCACCUCUGUCAUCUUCUAGCUUAGUGACCUUAGCCAAGUGACCCAGCCAACAGUGUGCCUCAUUGGUAAGUGGAGCAAGUGAUAGUAUUAGCUACUAGCUACUAGAAAGAAGACCGCUGCGAGGGUCUUCGUGUGGGUUCGAAUGGUUCAUCCCAUUCCUGGCAUAGAGUACCUACCGCUCACUACGGGGUAGCCCAUCUCCAUUCGUUAUUAAGCCAUGGUUAAACCCCAUUUCCCAAACUCAGACCACGCUCCUGCCUCCCGGGCUCUCAUCUUCUCUCAGUUGAACUUUUGGGCCUCACAGUAUCGUGGUCUCACCUUCAGAUGGGUCCUGGCCAAGAGUUAGAUGAGCUAUCAGUUAUUCUUGAUGAAUCCUUUUUGCAUGGAUGAUUGCCAGUUCACCAGGUUUUUUCUUCUUACUUCCUUCGUCUUCCCCUUGCCUCAACACCCACCCCCAACCUUAGAAUGUCAGGAGAAACACCACUCGGUGAAGUUUCUCUAGAAUGGACUAUCCUUACGCUCCAUUUGGGUCUCUCUGAAAACUAUCCAUGCUUUAACUUUUCAGCACUUUGUUUCAGUAUGACUAAUAUCCAACACUGGGCAUUAAAUGUGCUAUAUAUAAAAUUCCAGAUCAGAGAAUGGAAACACUUUUUAAAGAGUAAAAAAGUGUUGGAUUAUGUGCGCUGUUUGGAAACCAUUCAGCGGGGCAAUAUAAUUUUUAUUUUCAGAAGCUUAUGGAUUGAACCCCACCCAAAGCUUCCAGCUCCUAAGAAAACCAGUAGAAUCCACCCUGCCAAGUUUCCUCACAAGGGCAAUAAAAGAGUAAUCCUCUGCAUCCCGCUUUUCAUUUUAAAGAAACAGGAGACAGGCGGUGGCCUCUGCCGUCUUCACAAAUGAGCUUCCCUGAGCCGGUUGCUAGUGAGCCCAGUGGGCAGUGUCACGGGCGGGGGUGGGAGAGGGUGCUGCACACACAGCCUUGCACAGACACCUGAGCCCACUGCAGUCACGCUGCCCUGAAAACAUUUACAGGUCUAGGGAGGGCACUGGUAAUAGCUUGUUGAGUUGCGGGGACAGUUAUAUUACAGUCUUGAUGGUGUUUUGAUGACCGAUCAGAAAAGCUGACCCAUAAAUCUAUCCAGUUUUCACACACAAAAAAGGACUUCUUCUUUACCCUUAAAGUUGAGUGUGUGUGCUGCGGAGGGAGACUGGAGCUAUGGGGGAAAUUAAACCAUAGGAAAUAAUAAUAACAGGGUCUGUUUGUUCCCACUGUUGACAGUUCAGAAGUUAAAGAGUAGAAUGAAAGCGGGGAAGAAGGUUUGGAAGGCUACACUUCAGUGCUAGAGCACACAGAGAGGCCAGACUGUAGCGUCCCGGGGCUGGAGAAGACUCUAGAAGCCACCGACUCUCCCCGAGAACAGAAUGAAAUCCCCAUUGAUUUGGCCUUUGGACUAAGCCCUGCUUCUGAAAAACCUGAGCACUGAAAGUCUGGUUUGUCAACCCAGUGUGCAAUCCAUCUGCUUCUGGCGUGGCGCUUGCUUGGGGGAGCUGGCAAGCUGCAAACUGAAACCCAGGUUGAUUCCUGGUUGGCAACCCCUGGCAAGAAGGCCGGGUUCCCAGGCCUCUGCUCGGUGGUUUUCCCAUGUAACUCAAGGGCGCCCUCUCUGGACGCUGGUGGAGAAUCAGCUGGGAAGAAAACGUGUUGCUUUUCCAAACCCAGGGCUGGCACAGAGCCAGGUGACCAAACUCACAAAACAAAACAGCUCAGAGAAACAGGGAGCAGAUACGCGUAGGCUUCUCAGCUCUGCUGAUUUCCUGGGAGGUGCUGGGUAUUUCCCCCGUUCGCUGGCAGAACUGUUUUCAUCCUUAAAUUUCAGAGAAAGAAAGUUCUUCUAACCUGUGGAAAGGUACUUAAAUGCCCUUGUUGCAGGGCAGUGGGGAGUCACGGAAGAGGACUGACCAGAGUAAGGGCCGGCAAGGAUGGGACAGGACUGGUGGGGGGAGACAGGAGAGGAGGCUGCUGUAGCAUCUGGUGAGGGGAGACAGUGGCCCGAACUGGGGUCCCGGCAGUGGCGGAUGUUUGAGAUGCUGAAGUGGUAAAAGCAGCAAGGCUUGUGGUUGAUCGUAUGCGUGCAGGAGGAGGAGGGAGACUUGAUAAGGAUGACUCAUGGGCCGUCCUUGUGCAAUUGGGUGGAUGUGGCCCCGUGCUCAGGAGGGGACGGUGGAGGAGGGAGCUGCAGCUUUAGGGGAUGAGAUAAUGAGUUCCGAGAUUCAGGAGUUGGGCAACCACAUUGAGAAAAAUCGAGUGAGGGGAGAUUAUGGUUCUGUGUGUAGACUGAGAAAUGUGGAGGCUUCACCUACAAUCAGAGUACACUCGAGUGGAACACUGUUUCAACAGAAAUGCUGAUUUUUAUAGAAGGCGUCCUCUCUCUCCCUGCGUACUUCAGUCCUUACAAUGGCGGGUCCCUGGGCCACGAUGAGCGAGCUGAUGCGUACGCCCAGCUGGAGCUCCGGACCCUGGAGCAGUCCCUCCUGGCCACCUGCGUGGGAAGCAUCUCCGAGCUGAGUGACCUGGUCUCCCGCGCCAUGCAUCACAUGCAGGGGCGCCACCCGCUCUGUCCUGGCUCCAGCCCCGCCCGCCAGGCCCGUCAGCCACCCCAGCCCGUCACCUGGUCCCCCGACGCCCUCCACACGCUCUACUACUUCCUGCGGUGUCCACAGAUGGAGUCCAUGGAGAACCCCAACCUGGACCCCCCGAGGAUGGCUCUGAACAAUGAGCGGCCCUUCAUGCUGCUGCCGCCACUGAUGGAGUGGAUGCGCGUGGCCAUCACCUACGCGGAGCAUCGCCGCAGCCUCACCGUGGACAGCGGCGACAUCCGGCAGGCCGCCCGGCUGCUGCUGCCCGGCCUGGACUGUGAGCCCCGGCAGCUCAAACCCGAGUGCUGUUUCAGCUCCUUCCGGAGGCUGGAUGCCCGAGCGGCUACCGAAAAAUUCAACCAGGACCUGGGUUUCCGCAUGCUCAACUGCGGAAGGACAGACCUCAUCAACCAGGCGAUCGAGGCCCUGGGCCCGGACGGGGUGAACACUAUGGACGACCAGGGUCUGACGCCGCUGAUGUAUGCCUGCGCUGCUGGGGAUGAAGCGAUGGUCCAGAUGUUGAUUGACGCGGGAGCGAACUUGGACAUCCAGGUUCCAAGCAACUCUCCCAGGCACCCCUCCAUCCACCCUGACAGCCGGCACUGGACAUCGCUGACGUUUGCUGUGCUGCACGGACACAUCUCUGUAGUCCAGUUGCUACUGGAUGCCGGUGCCCACGUGGAGGGCUCAGCAGUGACUGGCGGUGAGGACAGCUACACGGAGACACCGCUGCAGCUAGCCUCUGCAGCUGGGAACUACGAGCUGGUCAGCUUGUUGCUGAGCCGAGGCGCUGAUCCCCUACUCAGCAUGCUGGAAGCCAAUGGCAUGGCCUCCUCCCUCCAUGAGGAUAUGAACUGCUUCAGCCACUCAGCCGCCCAUGGCCACAGGAACGUCCUGAGGAAGCUCCUGACCCAGCCUCAGCAGGCCAAAGCGGACGUGCUGUCCCUGGAGGAGAUCCUGGCCGAAGGUGUGGAGGAGAGUGACGCGUCCAGCCAGGGCAGCGGCAGUGAGGGGCCCGUGCGGCUGAGCCGGACCCGCACGAAGGCCCUGCAGGAGGCCAUGUACUACAGUGCUGAGCACGGCUACGUGGACAUCACCAUGGAGCUGAGGGCGCUGGGCGUCCCCUGGAAGCUGCACGUCUGGAUCGAGUCCCUGAGGACCUCCUUCUCCCAGUCGCGGUACUCGGUGGUGCAGAGCCUCCUGCGGGACUUCAGCUCCAUCAAGGAGGAGGAAUACAACGAGGAGCUGGUGACCGAGGGCUUACAGCUCAUGUUCGACAUCCUCAAGACCAGCAAAAACGACUCCGUCACCCAGCAGCUGGCUGCCAUCUUCACGCACUGCUAUGGCAGCAGCCCGGUCCCCAGCAUUCCAGAGAUCCGGAAGACCCUGCCCGCCAGGCUAGAUCCUCACUUUCUGAACAACAAGGAGAUGUCAGAUGUGACCUUCCUAGUGGAAGGAAAGCUGUUUUAUGCGCAUAAAGUCCUGCUGGUGACGGCUUCUAACAGGUUCAAGACGCUGAUGACCAAUAAAUCAGAACAGGAUGGCAACGGCAGCAAAACCAUUGAGAUCAGCGACAUGAAGUACCACAUUUUUCAGAUGAUGAUGCAGUAUUUGUACUACGGAGGAACAGAAGCCAUGGACAUCCCGGCUUCCGACAUCCUGGAGCUGCUGUCAGCCGCCAGCUUGUUCCAGCUGGAUGCCCUACAGAGGCACUGCGAGAUCCUGUGCUCCCAGACCCUCAGCGUGGAGAGCGCCGUGAACACGUACAAGUACGCCAAGAUCCACAAUGCCCCUGAACUGGCCCUGUUCUGUGAAGGCUUCUUCCUCAAGCACAUGAACGCCCUGCUUGAGCAGGACUCCUUCCGGCAGCUCAUCUACGGCCGCAACAGCAAAGUGCAGGGCCUGGACCCGCUGCAGGACCUGCAGAGUACCCUGGCCGAGCGCGUGCACUCCGUCUACAUCACCUCCAGGGUGUGAGGGGGCUGGGCGCACACAGGUCGGCACACCCAGCCCCCUCUGGGCCAGGGCUCUGUCUCUAGGCAUCCCAGCGGGUGUGAAAGGCUGGGAGCAAGUGCUUCCGGGCCAUCUGAACGAGUAUGUAGCCAGGGUCUGUGGA